AUCAGCGUGCGCCCGCGGGAAGAUGGCGGCGAAGCGGAACGUCUUGUCCUCCCUCGCCGCCUAUGCCGGCGAUUCGGAGCCCGACUCGGACGUCGAGCCAGAAGAGAAAGGAGGGCUGGUGUCAGCCGGAUAUGGAGAGGACGAUAUCAGCCGGCUGGAGGAGACGGACGAGGUGGACGAAGACGAAGAUGAUGACAGCAGCAGCCAACUGGAAGGUGAAGAUUCAGAAACCGAGCUGCUGGAAAUUGAUGGCGUAAAGGAAAUUCUUGAUGUGGAAAAGAAGAAUCCUCAGGAGCUAGUUGCUUCUUUUUCGGAGAAAGUAAGAAACAUGUCUCCAGAUGACAUUAAAAUCCCUCCCGAGCCUCCAGGAAGAUGCUCCAACCAUUUGCAGGAGAAGAUUCAGAAGCUGUAUGACAGAAAGCUGCAUGAAGGACUUGACAUGAAUAAUAUCAUUCAGCGCAAAAAGGAAUUCCGUAACCCCAGCAUUUAUGAAAAACUGAUCCAGUUUUGUGGCAUUGAUGAACUUGGUACCAAUUACCCCAAGGAUAUGUUCGACCCCCAUGGCUGGUCGGAGGAUUCCUACUAUGAAGCAUUAGCCAAGGCACAAAAGAUAGAAAUGGACAAGAUUGAGAAAGCCAAGAAGGAGAGGACGAAGAUUGAAUUUGUUACAAGAACAAAAACUGGCACAAGCACUAGUGCUGCCACCGGUACCACUAACACAGCGAGCAGCACAGCGACAGAUAAUCAAAAAAGGAAGAGCAAAUGGGACUCAGCGGUGCCUGUGACCACAAUAGCACAACCGACGAUCAUCACCACCACAGCCACAUUGCCAGGGGUAGUCACGGUAACUACUAGUGCAACAGGGGCAAAAACAACAGUCAUAUCUGCUGUCGGUACCAUCGUGAAGAAAGCCAAGCAGUGAGCUGCCGAGGAAUGGGCCGACCUCUUCAAACCUCAGGAGCACUUUUCAUCUUCAGCCAUUCCCAACUUCACGCAUCCUCGCUGAUGUACACAGAAGCAAUGAACUGAGGCCGCUUCUGAACGUUGUAUAUUGCCUGGAUCAAGAAAGAUACUGUCCCACAGAAGAGUUGCUUGUGAAACGAAAAUAAUUCUGGGGGUGGGAGCUGUGGAGGUGGCUUCCAGCACAUCACUAUGUGCUGCUCUGAGAUGCCAUUGAAAUGGGCACAUUGUAAAUCUGAGGCGGUUUCGACGGGGAGGGGGUCAUUGUCGGCGGGGGUUACUGAGGUGUGAAAACUGGACCCAUACACCAUGUGAAUGGUGAUUUCUGUUUCUCUGUUACAGUACAUUUCUGUUUCUUCUGUUAGUGAGUUCUCACACAUAAGCACCAUAAUAGCAGGAUAAUAUUGAAUCAGUAGUUGCUAGCAACGGCUUGUAAGCAGAAAUAAAUGAUUUUUUUUUC